UUCGAUGGAGUGAAAAACAAUUGGUAAUAUUGAUUGUUAUUGAAUAGCGUAUAGAUUUUAAGAUAUUUUAUCCACUAAUUGUUGGGAAGAUGAAGGUGAUGAUGAAGAUGGUCAACCAAAAGGACCAUAAAGAGAUUAACUGGAAGUCUGUUUGGAAAACCACAAGGAUUGGUUGAUUGUUGAGCGAUUUAAGCCAAGGAUUACCAAAGAAGCGUAUAAAUAUGCCUUCUCAUGGAACCAGUCCAGUCAAUAGUGCUGGUAAUUCAUCUAAUGCUGGUGAUAGAAUUUUAAGAGAAUUAGAGCUUGGAAGAAGUCGAUUUAUGGAAGAUUUUCAGCCUGAGAACAGUCGUCGUGAAAGACGAAAACGUCGAUUAGAAGGAACAACAUCAACAUUCAAUCCUGUCCAUUCAUCUAAAGCUGUUUACGAUGAGAAAGGUGUUCACAUUGAGUCAGGACGUGAUCUAUGUGAUUGUCUCUCUGUUGUUUGUCCUGGUUGUCAUUUCAAUUGUCCCAAGUGUAAAUCACCAAAAUGUGGAGGAGGAUGUCGAGCAGGUCGCACUUGGUGUUAUGUUCAAGCAGCAACCGAAUCAAUUGAUUCUACCGAAUACUCAAGUAUCAAAAAGAAUGUUUUAAAUAAGGAUUGAGUCCAAAAAUCAAAGAAAAAAGAAUAUUUAAGAAAGAGUUAAACCCAAAAAGAAAAAGAGAAAAAUGGAAAAAGGAAACACUAACCAAAAAAAUGUUCUAAAAACCAAAUAAAUUGGAAAAAUUGAAAUUCCAAAAGAAAAUUUUUCUUUUAUUUGAAUAAACCGGUUUCUAGUUGUUCUUGAGAACUAGAGACAUCUAUUGAUCUAA